CUCCGGCCGGAGUAGCCAGCGGCGGCGGCGGGCGGAGCGCAUCGGCGAUGGACCCUCCAGCUCUUCCUUCUGUCUCCCGCCCAAGGACUCGAGCCCGCCCGCCGCCGCUGCUGCCGCCGGAGGCGCUGCCCACCGUCGGCUUCGAAGAGGAGGUGUACGACUGCCUGGAUUACUACUACCUGCGUGACUUCCCGGCCUCUGGGGCCGGACGCAGCAAGGGCCGAACGCGGCGCGAGCAGCAGCUACGCACCAACUACCCGGUGCCGGGCGGCCACGAGCGCAAGGUGGCGCAGAUACUGCUCAACGGGCAGCGCAAGCGGCGCCAGCGCCAGCUGCAACCGCGGCCGCGCACACGCCUGGCCUGAGCACACGUCACGCCUGAGCGGGAACCUGAGACAGGAGGAUCUUGAGUUGGAGUCCUGCCUGGGCAUUAUUGAAACCUGAAAGACCUGUUAAAAAGUCUUUUCCAGCUAUUACCAAGAUCCUCCGAGCUGGUCAACUGGACUUUUUGACAGGGUUUUAAGUUUACUGCUCUAGUGUUUUUCUUCACUAAUUAAUUAUUAAGUAAGUAGUUUCCUAGUGUGUAUGCCUUUUUAGGGUUUUUUCAAUUAAAAGAGCACAGCAAGAAUGUA